GCCUUCCUCGUCCAGGGGAGCCGGCGAUAGUCCCCUCUGAGCCCUUUCUUUGGCUGGAGGAGUUGGGGAAGAGGAGGAAGUCGGGGGUGUACUCCCCACCCCAAUAUCCUGGAGCUGGAGCCUCAAGGGAGGCAAUACCUAGGCAGCUGCAAAGACUUACAGAAGAAGAGCGAAGGUGAGGCCCGGCCCCCUGUGCUGCCACCAUGCCGUCUAAUGCCCGGGCUGGCAGCUUGAAGGACCCUGAGGUUGCGGAACUGUUCUUCAAGGAUGACCCUGAAAAACUCUUUGUUGACCUGCGGGAGAUUGGACACGGCAGUUUUGGAGCUGUCUACUUUGCCCGAGACAUCCGCAACAAUGAAGUGGUGGCCAUCAAGAAGAUGUCCUACAGCGGAAAACAGUCGAACGAGAAAUGGCAGGACAUUAUCAAAGAGGUGAAGUUUCUCCAGAAGCUGCGGCACCCAAACACCAUUGAAUACAAGGGCUGCUAUUUACGGGAACACACAGCAUGGCUGGUGAUGGAGUAUUGCCUAGGUUCGGCCUCAGACUUGCUGGAAGUGCACAAGAAGCCUCUGCAGGAGGUAGAGAUCGCGGCCAUAACGCACGGUGCUCUGCAGGGGCUGGCAUACCUGCAUUCCCACAACAUGAUCCACAGAGAUGUGAAAGCCGGGAAUAUCCUGCUGACUGAGCCAGGACAGGUGAAGCUGGGAGAUUUUGGCUCUGCCUCCAUCAUUGCUCCUGCUAACUCUUUCGUUGGCACCCCAUAUUGGAUGGCUCCUGAGGUGAUCCUAGCCAUGGAUGAGGGGCAAUAUGACGGCAAGGUGGAUGUCUGGUCACUCGGCAUCACGUGCAUUGAACUCGCGGAGCGGAAGCCACCCCUCUUCAACAUGAAUGCUAUGAGUGCCUUAUACCACAUCGCCCAGAAUGACUCUCCACUGCUCCAGUCCAGCCACUGGUCUGAAUAUUUCCGGAACUUUGUGGAUUCGUGCCUGCAGAAGAUUCCCCAGGACCGUCCGACCUCUGACGUGCUGCUUAAGCAUCGCUUCCUCUUGCGGGAACGGCCCCAGACCGUCAUCAUGGACCUGAUCCAGCGAACCAAGGAUGCUGUGAGGGAGCUGGACAACCUGCAGUACCGCAAGAUGAAGAAAAUCCUUUUCCAGGAGGCGCAGAACGGUCCAAAUGCUGAGGCCCCGGAAGAGGAGGAGGAGGUAGAGCAGUUUCUCCACCGGACGGGUACCAUCAACAGCAUGGAGAGCAGCCAUUCGGUGCCCAGCAUGUCUAUCAGUGCCAGUAGCCAGAGCAGCAGCGUCAACAGCCUGGCGGAUGCCUCCGAUGACGACGAUGGGGCAGAGAUUGCCAUGAUGCAGGAAGGCGAGCACACGGUCACCUCCAACAGCUCUGUUAUCCAUCGCCUCCCGGGUCAUGACAACCUAUAUGAUGACCCAUACCAGCCUGAGAUGGAGCCCCAGAGUUCAUCAUCAGCUGCCCGACGCCGUGCCUACUGCCGCAAUAGAGACCACUUUGCCACCAUUCGUACGGCUUCCCUGGUGACUCGCCAGAUCCAGGAGCACGAGCAAGAUUCGGCGCUGCGGGACCAAAUGAGCGGCUACAAGCGGAUGCGGCGUCAGCACCAAAAGCAGCUGCUGGCACUGGAGAACAAGCUGCGGGCUGAGCUGGACGAGCACCAGCUGCGCCUCGACAAGGAGCUGGAGGCCCACCGCAGCAACUUCUCUGCCGAGGCUGAAAAACUGGCCAAGAAGCAUCAGGCUAUUUUUGAGAAGGAGGCAAAGGCAGCCUUGGCCGAGGAGAAGAAAUUCCAACAGCAUAUCUUGGGCCAGCAGAAGAAGGAGUUGGGCAACUUGCUGGAGUCACAGAAGCGCCAGUAUAAGCUACGCAAGGAGCAGCUCAAAGAGGAGCUGCAGGAGAACCAGAGCACACCCAAGCGGGAGAAGCAGGAGUGGCUGCUGAGGCAGAAAGAGAACAUGCAGCAUUACCAGGCCGAGGAGGAAGCCAACCUUCUGCGCCGCCAGAGGCAGUACUUUGAACUGCAGUGCCGCCAGUACAAGCGCAAGAUGCUGCUGGCGCGCCACAACCUGGACCAAGACCUGCUGCGAGAGGAGCUGAACAAAAAGCAGACGCAGAAGGAUCUGGAGUGUGCCAUGCUGUUGCGCCAACACGAGUCCACCCAAGAGCUGGAAUUCCGCCAUCUGCACACCGUCCAGCGCACCCGCACAGAACUCACCCGCCUGCAGCACCAGACGGAGCUCUCGAAUCAGCUGGAGUACAACAAGCGCCGUGAGCAGGAGCUCCGCCAGAAACACGCCAUGGAGGUCCGGCAGCAGCCCAAGAGCCUCAAAGUAGGUGCUACCUACACACCGACUUGCUGCCUGUGGUGCCCUGAAGGGCAGGAUGUGGGGGUUCUGGAGCCAGGAGAGGGGCACCCGGGGGUCAUAGAAAUGGACAGAUGUGAGGCUGGAGGUUUAGAGUCUGUACAUGAACAGCUGGGCUGGCCACAUCCAGACGGUUGUGAGACCGGGGAUCAAAAACCCCUGGCAGAUGCAGAAUCCGAAUGUGUGCGCAUGGGGCCACUUGACCCAAUAGGACACGAAGCCGCUCUUCUGGAGACAGGCAGCCCAAGUUACAAGGCUCUGGGUCAAUGCAGACACGUUAGAGAGGUUCUGGAGCCAGCUCAGGGUGAUGACGAUGAGGCUGUAGGCUCAAGGAUAGCUCGUCCGGAUGUCUUAAGGAAGUGUACCUUUGGAACUGGGAUCCCGGAGCCGAAGCAAUACGCUCCCGGGCAUGUGGCUCCAGAGUACGGACUUGAUGAGGAUGACUUAGAGCUGGAAGCAGAGUGUAUUGAACCGAACUGGUUACAGAAGAGGGAUCUAGAUGAGCAGGGCAUGGCGAUUUUGGUGUCGGGAUCAAGGUGUUCUGGAGAUGUAGAGCCAGGUUGGCAAUGCCCGGCAGAUGCCAUUCCAGCUAGUCAGGAGGCUACAGUUGUGGAACUGAGGCAGAGGCAUCUUGGGCUUAACGGGAAGAACAGCGAAGUUCUAGGUCUCAGUGAUAAAGAAGGACAGAGUCUAGGUUUCAGUGGAGCAGGUCUGAAGCAGCUAGAGCCGUAUGAAGAGGGAGCUGUGGAUCUAGAACUAAACCUGAAAUUUCGUGGAACGCUGGACCAAUGUGGAGAGGGUUCUGAGUUUCUGUCAGCAACCCAGGGACGCCCAGGCGCCUCAGAACCCGAUGGGCAAGAGGCCGAUAAGCUAGAUCCAUUCAAGGGCGAGGAUCUCUUAUACCCUCAUUCCUUACCUCCCAUCCUGGGCGAGGGCGCACUGCGAGGCCCUGGCGACGGCUGCCCGGCCCCUGAAGACCCCUACCCUCAGCAGGGCACCAGCAAAGCCCGCCCUGUCCCCCCUCCGGUGGCAGCUGUCUUGCCUCAUGCCCUCUGCGUGGCCUUGGCAUUGUUGGUCUCUGCCUAUCCUUGCGCCCCGACUCUCCUUCUGCUUCUUGCUGCUCUGUGGGCCCAGGGCGGAGGGUUUCAGGAUAUUCUCCUGGCCCUCGAAGGGGCGGUGGUGGGCCUGGGGGUCACCUACACGCUACUGCACUCUGUCUUCCUCCUCUCAGGUGCCUCCUUUCUGCUUCUGGCCAAAAUGGCAGGGGCGGUAGGCGUGGUGGGCCUGAGUGCCAACAGGGGGCGCCUCUAUGUCCCCGUCAUCCUCCUGGCUUCCUAUCUUUUAGCCUCUCCCUGGCUUUUCCUGCCCCUCUACCUAUCGGGGGCAAUAGCAAGGCGCAGCCUGAGAGGCUUCCCCCGCCGUGCCCGGAGGUUUUGGCUUCUCGUCCUCCUGCGUCUCCCACGUCCAGCUUUCCGCAUCCUUCAGCACUUGGGGCUGGUCAGCGAGCGGGGCCUUUUCCGCCUCUUCCCCAAAACCAACAAAGGCGGCUUCCGUAGCCGCAUCCCCGUGCUGUCCCGCCAGCGCCUGCCUCCUCUCCCUUGGCACCGCAAGGCCGUCGCCCUCUUUGCCAAACCCGUUCGUAGCCUCAACAGGCUUCUGGCAGAGGUGAUCUGCGCUCAGUUGCCACCGGUGGCCCUGCGCUGCCUCCAGGGGCUGCGCGUCUUGCGCGAGGAGAAGCCCAGCCGCAUCCCCCGCCUGGUGGUGGGGGUGGCCCGGUCAAGAGGGCGUUCCAUGGGGUCGGCCAGGCAGAUCAGUAGAAGGAGUCGUGGGCAGGCCACGCAUGUCCGGAAGCCCUGGAGAUAA